UGGCAAGUGGAAGGAGGGUAGUCGCCGCUUCUUACUAUGUCCCGUGCUUCAGGCCCUGGGCCCGGGUGGUUACUCUUUUCCUUUGGAAUGGGACUGGUAUCGGGGUCAAGGUGUCCAAAUAAUUGUCAGUGUCAAGCCCAAGAAGUGAUCUGCACAGGGGUCCAGUUAACUGAAUACCCCUCUGACAUACCCCUGAACACCCGGAGGCUGUACCUGAAUGAUAACAGCAUCCGCUUUUUGCCAGCGAUGAAUCUAGGACUCCUCAGUGACCUUGUUUACUUGGACUGUCAGAAGAACCUGAUUCAGGAGGUGAUGGAUUAUACCUUCGUCGGGGUCUUCAAACUCAUCUACCUCGAUCUCAGCUUCAACAAUUUAACCUUGAUCUCCCCAUACAGUUUCUCCAUGCUCAGCAAUCUGGUGCAGCUGAACAUCUCCAGCAACCCUCAUCUGUUAUCACUCAACAAGUACACCUUUGCCAACACCAGCUCUUUGAGGUACCUGGACCUCAGAAAUACCGGCUUGCAGACCUUGGACCCUGCUGCCUUCCAUAACCUCAUAACACUCCAGACCCUGUAUCUGAGUGGAAACCCCUGGAAAUGCAACUGCUCUUUCCUGGACUUCACCAUCUACUUAAUAAUGUCCCCUGUGAACCAUCCAGAUGAACAAAAUGCCACGUGCCUGGAGCCCACAGAGCUGGCAGGGUGGCCCAUCACGAAGGUGGGGAACCCGCUCCGGUACAUGUGCGUCACGCACCUGGACCACCAAGACUACAUCUUCCUGCUGCUCAUCGGCUUCUGCAUCUUCUCCGCGGGCACCGUGGCCGCCUGGCUGACGGGCGUGUGUGCCGUGCUCUACCAGAAUGCCCGCCGCAGAUCGAGCGAGGAUGAGGCAGAGGACGAGCUCGGGCAGAGGGUAGAAGCCAGCAGGAGGAUUUUUCAAAGCAGGGUGGAGUCUGGCCAGGACGGGUUUCCUCAGCUGAUUUAGUUGCCAGGCGCUGCUGUCUGAUGGACCUUUCCCCGGCUCCCUGCUUUCUGUCUUGCCCUCCCCUUCCCAAUCCUCAAAGCUGUCUUAGAGGUUGA